ACACAGUUUUAGAGGGGUGUUCCCGCCGCGCCGCGCACUGACGUGACGGCGUAGCAGCGGAAGAUGGCGACCUUGCACCGUGAGUGCACCAACACUCAGUGCGGGCCCGGUGACAGCGACCAGCUCUCCCGGUCGGUCGGUAUAACCUUCGUCAACGUUACGACAACAUCUCCACCCCCCCCGGUGUGUGAUCAUUGAUCCUUCGCAAUCCAAGCAACCUGUUCGCCCGCUCGAAGAAGGACUUGUCUAAUAGCCGGCACAUACCUACAUGCUGAUAGCUCAAACGCUGUGAGGGGGUGCCUGAUGGAUCAUGGUGGUCAGCUUGAUAGGGAGGACAUAGCAAUGUCACAAGUUCAGGCGGGUGGGCCUGACCUCUGCGAUAACCUUCCCACCCCUGACGCUGUCACUGCCCAAACCAGAAAUCUCAACGAGACUAACGCGCUCCCACGGACUCAAAGCCUCUCGCCCUCACGAAAGGAAGAGGGAGGAGGACUCAUCCAACAAACCUCUGUCAACAACAACGGACAGGAGGAGGAGGAGGAGGAGCAAGGAAAGGAGGGAUCCACAAGAAGAGGCAGAGAGGAGGAUGAAGAAGAAGAAGACAUUGAUGAGUUGAUGAAGGGCGUAGAAGAGGACGAAGAAUCCGAGGAAUCAAGCGGUCUAAUUCGCUGCCAGUCGCCCGACACUCCGAUGACGGAUUCCUCCUAUUCAGAGACCGGCAGUCUGUUGGAGACUCCGUAUCCCUUCAGCCCCGGGACCAGUCCCGAGCCUUCCUCCCCCCUCAUUCCAGCGGGUUGUCCAGAAACUGCACAUGCUGCCAGUCAAGUCGAAAUAAGUCAGAUUAAUGUCAAAGUGGACUCUCAUAACACUGACUUGGUUGCCACUCCUAUAACUUCAGACACCAGCCCACCUGGGCCUACAUGUACCGUAGAAGACCAAAUCUCAGAAAAUACGGACUUCACGACAGGACAUCUUGCCUCAUCCACAGAGCCUGUGGUCAGCUCUGGGCCCACAUGUACGAGAGGGUUUCCCUCAACAGCAGAGACGUUUACGGUACCUGCUUGCACCGCAAUGCUCAACCCCGCCAUUGCUUCCACUGCCAUGAGUGCAACGGCUAGCCCCCUUACCUUCACCACGCGGCCCUCCAUCCCCGAUGUGGACUCCACGGCCGCCGCAGGAGCUACGACCUCAAACUGGGACCCCAUUACCUCCACUCCAGUACCCGCCGGUUCCCCAGUCUCCACCUGCGCCACAGGGCCUGCUCCAGGCCCCGCCCUGCUGCAGUCCCUGGAGGAGUUGGCACAAAGAGGAGAUGAAACCCACCUUCCACUGUACCUCCACCAGAUUGCUGAGGCCUUUGUCCUCCACAAAGACUACCAGAGGGCUUUAUGUUGCAUCCAGUUAGAGAGACUCUAUCACCAGAGAGUGUUGGACAACCUGAAUGCACUACAAAAGCAGUGGGGGAGUCAAUGUAACAGCUCUUUAUUCAAACUGGAUACCCAACACCUGGACACUCUAAAGAACAUCUGCCGGACGCACAGACGACCGGGACCUAGAGAUGCUGUGUGUGCAUCUCUGGACCUCUUGAGGCCUACAUUUGAAGAAGGUAGUGCAUUGUCGUUCCUUACUUCAGCUCCAGUCCAUCGGGUGGAUGAAGGGAUGGAACAAAAAGCUCCGGAUCCCUUGCAUUAUCGCAGCCAUGCGGGAAUACCUUCCUUUAACUUGACGGAUGGGUUUCAUUCCCCUGAUGUCUCAGAGAAGGCCAGGUCAGACCCAGACAAGGAAGUAGAGGGUGAUGUCUGUUUCCAUAGAGACCAGGCGACUGACAAGCAUAGCGGCCAAAGAGCGGGAGGAGAGGCAGGAGGAGGGGUAGAAUACACCACUUCAGUCAGAGGAAGUGGACUACACCCCUCUACAGCUGGAGAAAUAGACCAGUCCAAGCCUGCAGAGCCGCAGGGAGGAGAUUUAGGUCCCACUCAGGAAAAGGAGGCAAAGAGGGACGAAGAAGAGAGGGAGGUGAAGGAGGCAGCCGAGGCUUCGGAGAUGGAAGAUGAGCACAAGAGGCAGAAGGGACAAAAGUCAGUAUGUCAGAAAGCUCUCCCAGUUGACACUCUGGCCAGUGGGGCUGAUGUGGAGCUGCACCAUGAAGCCCCAGCUGAGGAGAAGCUGCAUGAGGAGAUCCAGGAGAGCCCUAAAACCUGCCAAGAGACCUGCCUGCCCCAAGAGGCUCACACCAAUCAGCAUGAGCAGAAUGAGGAGGUGAAAGAGGAUGAUGAAGAUGAUGAGGAGGAGGAAUACGAUGAAGUAGAGCAAGUUGAUUUAAUUAAAGAAGCUUCCUCACUGGAUGACAUGGCUAAACUCAUCACUGUAGAGGAGGUGUCCCCUGCCUCCGGGCUUGUCUCCAUAUUGAAGAAGCGACGCGUUUGUGUGGACACCAUUAGUAUGUCUACCAGCACAGAGACCCGACCUGACAAAAUCACUGCCAAGAGACGGGUCCGCUUCAAAGCCCCUGAUGAUGGCUACGAUCAGGAUGUUGGCGGUGGAGACUCGUGCCUGCUUCUCUUCCUGCUUUGUUUAGUUACUGUAGUGAUCAGUGUGGGUGGCACCGCGCUCUACUGUGCCCUGGGAGAUACCCACUCCUCAGUCUGUCAGGAUUUCUCCAGAAACGCAGACUUCUACAUUGGCCAGUUGCAGAGCGGGAUAGCUCAACUCCAACUCUGGUUUGCUCCCGGGUCAUAGCAGCAUACGAUCUCUUCUUCAUUGUGGAGCCAGCGGCCUUAUCGCUCAUCACUGCAGGCUCCAGCGGUCCCUGCGACUUCCUGGGACAGUGUUCCAUGAGGUAAUGGCCCCGGGCAGCUACUACACUCCCUGCCGCUAUGUUGAACAAGUAGCUAUUAUGCUGCCUAAUUAGCUAAGCAUUUAUAUCAGAUGUGAUUGGCAUUUGUGAGCCUGCUCUAUUGCAUUUUUAAUGCUCUUUCAAUCCAAUCCCAGGGUUCAUUGAGCCAUAAAAGUCAAAGGUCAGUACAACACUAGUUUGAAAGGGAAAGUAGAACAGACAGAGAGAGUAUACCUGGAAAAUGGAGACGAUGUAACUGCUGCGAAAGAAGUGACCUACACUGAUCUCAAGCUAGGUUUAGAAAUGUGACUAUUCAGUGUGCGAUUGAACGCAGAUAAAUGGAUGCAACUGGAUCCACUGACGUCUCCGAGACUGAACUCCUCCAAUUUAAGAACAAAAACAAAGUAAUAAAUGCUGCAACCAUACAGAGAUAAAGAAAAGUCUGCAUAAUGUAUAGUUGGUUAGCUGGGGGGCACAGAGAAGCUCUCUGCACACACUGGAAGUGGCUCAAUGGGGAUUUUACAAACCGCUGCACCCCCUGGUGUUGUUUUUAUUGUGGAUUUUUUUUAAAUCACAAAUGAAAUUUUAAAAUGGACACACCAUUCUGUGGUUUUCUACUUAGAAUGAAAUCAUGUCCUAAUCAACCUUUGGAUGAAUGUUAAACUUGUGGGGUAUUUGUGUAUUAUUUGUGUCGCUGCCCUUUUCUCUACAACGUUUUGCAGUGAGCUUGAGACUAAUAGUCCAAUCUUCCCCUUCAUGGUGUUCAAAGAGGGGAACUUAGCUUUGUGUAGCAUAUGCAAAAUGUACAGGAACACCGUGCACCUCUGUAUAUAUCGUCAAUAGAAUAUUUAACAUGUUGCACAUAAGACUGGUACGAUUCUUUUUUUAAGAUAUUGCAAUAUUUUUACAGUUGUUCAGUUAGUCCUGGACUAAAUUUAGAUUUUACAUGAUUAGAUUAUAAACCCAAAUAUCCGGUGUAUUCACAAACCUUUUCAGGUUCAUUGUGACCAACGGUUAUGCACAGAUAACUUGCAACAGGAAAAUACUCAAAUCUUAUGCGGGUCUUGUUAAGUAUGGAAUAUUUCUGUAAAAAAGAUUGAUCAUUGUACAAUUAGUUUAAGAGCCAAUAAUCAUGCUGUGUACUCUUUGUCAGUAAAGGGCCUCAAUGUUGACCUUGUGACAUUCAAUCUUUACCUUUUUUAUUUUUUCCAAAAUAAUUUGUUGCAACUCAAUGGUUUUUGCGACCACUUGGUCUCCUCAAAGACUCUUCUUGCUAGCAUUGCUCAUUUCGGCUUGAACUAAUCUAAUGUGUUACAUCUUAAAGCUAACCAUUUGGGUCGUUUUCCUGCUUGAUCUCACGUUUUGCCUCAACAGGCAGACAUACUUUGUAUGUGUCAUUUCCAAGUUUUGCAAUGUUUGUGGUCCUGUUAAUUAACUUUCCUCUCGAUGCCAUAAAACUUACCCUAGAAAAUCCAUACAUCUCACAAAAGUCUUAAAUGUCAGGAUGUAAAGACAAAAAACUCCAUUAUAGAGGUAAGACUCAAGUGUCUUAAUUAUGCAUUUUCAGUAGUUUAAGAUAUCUUUUUCUUACUGUGUGUCGCUUACAAAAACCUGAACUUUUGUUUGAGUUAAAUCUCUUGGGGUUUAGGGUGUAGCAGAUUGAUUCUUGUUUUUAUUUGCAUGUCGUCUGGCUGGUUCAGAUGGCCAGAUAACCUCAUAUUUAAUCUUCUAGAUUAUUUUAAUUAUUUAUAACACAAGAGUUCUCUUGUGCAGGUGGUAAAAAAAGAAUGCAUUUGUUUUCUGUGCUUGAUCAUUUUCAUUAUACAUCAGAUGUUCAUCUCUUGUUUCACCAUUGUUCUUAACGAGGCGUUUUAAUCCUUCGUCUAUAAACUAAAUCUUCUGAACAAAACAUCAUGGUUGUUUAUUAUUCAUUAAUGUUCCCUUAUGAGGAACUAGUGAGUUCAUGCUACUUUUUGCCCUAAUCAUCUUCCUCGACUGCUAAAAUAUUCAUGAUUCUUCCAAACUCUUUUGCUCAAUUGUUUGUUAACCAAUCUAGUUUUUUCAUAAAUAGUUUGUCAUGUUUUUUCUCUUUGUUUCUGAAGAUUGUAAUAAUGAGUUUAUUUCCGUUAUGUCUCCGUUAAAAGCCAUUGA